ACAGUAAAACACAGACUAAAAAAUAUUUGAUAAAUAAGUUAUGAACAUAAAAUUGUGGUACACUUGGAGAGUUGUAUCAGUUUUAAUACAUCUAAUAGCUGUCGGAUGUUAUGGUUUUGCACUACUAUUUCAAUUGUCUCAUCCAAAAGGUUAUUAUUGGCAAACAAACGACAAUGAGUUGGCUCUGACUAACACUACAUUAUUGCCGGGAGAGUAUACGUUUGGUUGGAAAUUGAAAUACCUGACCAUUUGGAACCUGAUCAUAAACUUUAUUGUCUUUUUAUUUUGUUUGAUAUGCGAUUGUUUUAAAUCAAAUUAUAUGUUUGAUGAGCCCAUGAAAAGUCCAUCAAUUGAAUGGAUGUACAAAAUUCGCGAUACAUUAUUUCAUUCACUAGUUUUUCCAUUGGGAACGUUUGUAUUUGUCAUGUUUUUCCUGUUAAUAUCAAUCAAAGGGAAAUUAAUAUCCGAUCAGAUAUUUCAUCGACGAAAUCCUGUUUUCUUAAGCCAUUUAACUCAUACCAUUAUAUUUCCACUACUAUUAUCUGAAAUACUGAUAACAUAUCACAAAAAAUGGGUCAAAAAACUGAUAGAAAUUGCAAUACUUAUGACAACUGUCUUAUUGUAUAGCAUUUGGUGUCUAUAUUUAGGACUUAUUCACGAUCUCUGGCCAUACGGUAUACUUCGACACAUGAGUUGGAUAUUAAGGAUUAUAUUUAUGAUUAUUUGUGCCGUUAUAGCCAUUGUUGUCUACUUUGUCGGUGUAUUUAUUCACAUGUAUUCGUGGCCAACAAAAAGGAUCAAACAAUGGCACACAAGUUAUGACAAUUGA